CGGCGGAGGGCGUCAUCAGCCAUCACUUGGCGUCUGCUGUUUAUCGCCGUUAGGUUGGCCGUUACGCUGCGGUUGUCUUACAUGGCCGACGUGUUCCGCACGCUGCCGCUGCUCCUCCUCGUCGUGAUUCUGCUUGUCGUUGUCGUCUUUGUUCACGUGUGCAUAUUGUGGAGGUUGCCUUCACAUAGUCGCAGGAAAGUAGGGGCGAGGAAGAGCGUUGCCUUGGACGGGAGGCGGCCGACUCAGAGGACGUUGUCCGGCCCUUAUCCAACCGACCGGGCUCCGAUCUGUGUCGGUGCAGACAGAAGGGCGGCAGGUCCAUCACCGUAUGAAGGAUUGUUGCCUCACUUGCAACCGCUGCCCGAUUCGGACGAGGGGGAGGCGGAGGUGGACGUGUCGACGACAGUUCCGCUGGGUAGCGGGUCUACCCAGGAGUGGAUGGGUAGCCAGUUGUAUGAUCGCCGAGGGACGAAGUACGGGCAGUCGUUCACUUCCCUCCUUCACGACGACGCGGAGGAGGAGGAUUGCCUCCCCCCUGUCGAUCUCACAUUUGGCCUCCGGAGCGGGAGCCCGUCUUCUGUCACGCGCACUGUGCUCGUGAACCCUCAUCCCGAUGACGACAUGGGGCAGGUCACAUUCGGCGCCAGGGGCACAAGGGGCGUAGAGGCGGCAGAGGUGACGUCGGGGAAGACGACGGCAUGGCCUCGAACGCAGGCGACUUCUGGCCCGUUAGUUCCACACACUGUCGGGCAACGUCCUGAGUGGAUGACCCUCAAUCCUCCUUUAUCCGGGCGGCGCGACGGCGUUCGUCGUCCCGUUGAUCGGGCUGUGACUCACGAAGAUUUCCCUUCCGAGGGCGCGCAUGGAGAUGGCAGGCGGGUGUGGAAGGAUGUGAGGCAGGAGUUGCGGCGGCAGCAAGAAGAGUCCAUAACGAAAGGUGUGGAGCGUUUACGCGUGGGCGAGCGGAGUGGGCAAGCAGACGUGGCCGCCGGGGGGGGUGACGCGUGGGCAAACGCUGACGAAGUUCGGUGCGACGUAGACGACGACGACAGCGGCGACGUGUUCCCGUUGCGUGCGCCGAAUAUGGGCGGGAGGGGCGGCAGGGGUGGCAGGGGCGGCAGGGGCAGCACUUCGACUAGAGCGGUGCGCAGGUGGACGAGAUCGAUGACGGCCUCUACAGACGCGGAAGGCGAGGGUGAUGGGGAAGGAGGGCGGAAUUUCUGGUCCGUGGAACACAUGCUGGCCCUAAUCAGGGCGAGGCGGGAUCAGGACGCCCAACUGCAAGCGUCGGGACACAACUUUGCUCGGAUGCGGAUGAAGGAGUGGAAUUGGAUGGACGUCCGGGAGUGGUUGCUGAAGGUCGGUGUCGACAGGCCGACAGACAAAUGCGGGAAAAAAUGGGACAAUCUCAUGCAGCACUUCAAGAAGGUCCAUGCUUUCAUGGGCAUGUCGGGGAAGGAGGACUUCUUCGAGCUGUCGAGUCAGCAGAGGGCAGAGAAAGGAUUCAACUUCAACAUGGAUCGAGCCGUCUUCGAGGAGAUCAAAGGGGAGAGGGAGAGAAGCCACACUAUCAGCCCGACCAAUGUUGCAGACACUGGCGGGGCAGGGGGUGUGCAACUCCCAUUUGCACAAUCGGCGACUCCGGAAUCUGUGGGGGAUGGUGAAGCCGUCGGUGAUGGAAAUGACGAAGACGACAGCUCAGCACGGGGUGGCUCACAGACGAGUGGUGGCCCGGCCGGGAUCGGGAAGAGGAAGAAUGUGCAGCAGCAAACAUUCGAGGCCAUGUCGGAGUGCAUGGACAAGCAUGGGGCAUUGAUGGCGUCGACGAUGGAGAGCGCCAGCGGGAGGCAAUGCGAGACAAUGGAGAGCGCGAGCAAGAGGCAAUGCUCCAUCCAGAUUCGACAGUGCGAAGCCAUCGAAGCGGAGGUGGAGAUCCAGAAACAACACUGCGACGCCAGCAGCGGGACAAGCGAUAAGGGAGGAGGGGGCAACGGUGACUGCAGCAAGCAGGCCCCAGCCCCCCGCGUGCAGCGGGCGAAGGAUGUUGCGGCGGCGGGUGCCAUUGCGGGCACGUCGACGGGUGGAGCUGGAGGAGGCGGGGGCGACGGCCGUGAUGGUGAUGAUGACGACGAUCCGCUCAUCAACAGGCAGAGGCGAACGGGAGGCAUGGCGGCUAUGGAGACGAAAGCACGGCUGUGGGUCGACGAUCAUUGUUUUUGGAACGAGACGGAGGGGCAUGGGAUGGUGAAGAUGAUACAGGAAACUCGCCUGCACCUUCUGGCCAUCGCGAAGGGUGUGAAGCCGCCGGAGAUCAGAAAAAGCAUCGUGCUGCCUAACUCCACGAUCCCUCUCCAAAAGAUGGAAGACGAGUCCGAGCUGCAGGCCGCCAAGGAGAGGGCUGGGAGGGUGCAGACGAUAGCGUUGCGCAUCAUCCAUGGGUGGCUCUUCAAGUCCCCUAAUUGCGCACGCGGUUAUCACUGCGCGUACAGGUAUGUGCUCAACCACGUGGCCACAGACCUGGACCGCACCAUCUGGUUGGGAGAGGAAUGGCGUGUUUGCGUCAGUCCCGCUGUCGUCCACAACACUUUGGAGGCUCGUAUGAAGCUCCCCAUAUGGUACGUUGGUGGCAUCAUACACGACAGGCACGAGGACGACGAGAUGGCAUCGUAUCAAGAGUCCACAAUGCAGCGUCUCGUCGGAGCUUUCACUAAUGCUGUUGACGUGGGGGAGGGGGUGGACGGCGGGCGGAUUUCGUAUGAGAGGUUGAGGAACAUCGCGGACUGCAUGCGCCUGUUGCUGUCUGCCGCCAUGUGGAUCAUGCGGAUGGCGGGAGACUGGAUUGGAUGGGCACCAGACCACCCGAGAUUGACGACGAAGAGGAGGAGAAGGCAGACGAGGGGGAGGCGUGAACGCUGGUCGCGGACUGCAUGUGGCGACGACGGUGAUGCGGAUGAUGGUGAUGAUGAUGGCGACGAUGAUGACGAAGACGGCGACGUUCAGAGUCUUCAGACCAACGAUGCUGAUGAUGAAGACGACGCCGACGAUGAUGAUGAUGGUGCUGACGACGACGACGAGGAUGACGACGAUAACGAAGAUGGUGAUGAUGAUGAACACGACAACGACGAUGAUGAUGAUGAUGAUGAUGAUGAUGAUGAUGAUGAUGAUGAUGAUGAUGAUGAUGAUGAUGAUGAUGAUGGUGAUGAUGGUGAUGAUGAUGAUGAUGAUGAUGAUGAUGAUGAUGAUGAUGAUGAUGAUGAUGAUGAUGAUGAUGAUGGUGAUGAUGACGACAAAGACGACGACGACGAUGAUGACGACGGCGACGAUGAUGAUGAUGAGGAUGAUGACGAUGAUGAUGAUGAUGAUGAUGAUGAUGACAAUGAUGAUGAUGAUGAUGUUGAUGAUGGCGACGAUGAUGAUGAUGACGAUGAUGAUGAUGCCGAUGAUGAUGAUGAUGGUGAUGAUGAUGAUGAUGAAGAUGAUGAUGCCGAUGAUGAUGAUGACGAUGAUGAUGAUGGCGCAGACGGCCGUGUUCGGUGGUCAUCUACUGUGAGGACCGGUGCUCAUACACGUCGUUGCCAGAUCCCGCGGGCUUUCCGCAACCCAGCGCAAUGUAGCUUUUUUUAGUGGACCACCGUUUUUGGCACGCCGCUGGUGCGUCGUCGAAAAAUUUUUUGAUGUUUAUGUACAGUGCCGUGUGCUUUAUAAUU